CCUUUCCCCUGCUUUCCCACCGGCCAUGCUUUGCCAAGUUAUCUCUCCCUGCUCCCUCCCUGCAACAGAUUUCUUGACAUAGCGAUUGAAAACCCGGCUGCAGCUCUUUAACAUUAACCCGACGAAAAACUUUCCCGCCACCCUAAAACCGAAAGCAGUAAGAAAGUUCGCAACUUUGCAAGAUGCUGGAGGCGAAGAGUCUUAGAAAAGCAGCUGUGCCCUCAACUCUUAUCCCCAAUCCUUCCCCGGGAAACAUCCAGUCUUCCCGCCUAGCUCUCCACGUUAGCGAGGAUGGUUCUUCUUGUUGGGUCUAUAUCGCUUCUGGCUGUCACAUUUACAAGCUCCAGAUUCCUUUGGAGGGUACUUCCAUUGAUAAAGGGAAAGAAAGCCUCCUCAUUCCUAUGCAGUCCGAGGUUGUGGAGUCUUCAAUAGUCAACCGUUGCCCACACCGCUCUGAGAUUCAAAGUAUUGUGCUCUCUGAGACUGAUAGCCCUGGAUACUUGGUGCUGGGAAGCGUGGAUUCUUACGGCCAUCUUAUUGUGUCUAAGCUAGAUAACAGUGGUAAUGAUGUUGACAGACUUAUAUAUUCAGUACUUCCUCGAGAUUCUGGAGUCGGAGAAGGCGGUUGGGCUGGAUUAUGUUUCAGUCCAACUCAAUUAUUGACGGCAGCUGUAGCGCGUGAGUUCUGCAAAACUGUUGACGUGUAUGACCAAGACAUUCAUUUGCAGACAUUACAUACACUAUGGUAUCCAUCCUCUCUAAACUAUAUUCAGGGCUUGAGUAAUGAUGAAGGGAGUUCGAUACUAGCUGUCACGGAAGGAUGUCAGGCAAGCUUUUCUUGUGCCUUGCUACUGUUUUCUUGUUCCAUAACUUACAUUCAGCAUGAAUUUGAUUUGGGUUCAUUUGCUGGACUGCAGUUGAGCAUUUGGGACUUGAGAAUGAAAGAGAAAAACGGUUGUCUGCAUCGGAUCACUGGGUCAGUGGGAGACAUCUUUUAUUCAGUUUGUAGUUCUUCAACUGGAAAUAUUGCAGUGGGCGGUGCUGAUCGUACUGUUACUGUUUAUGAUCCCCGUAGAUGGAAACCACUCUCUAGAUGGGUGCACUGCUCAAAGUAUGAGAUAACUGGACUUGCAUUUUCAUCAAUUAACCCCGACUACAUAUACAUCCAAGGAGUGGAUUAUGAGGUUCUGUGCGGAAACUGGAAAGAGACUAAGAAGGUCUUCUCUUUUAGGGGGGACUCAAAUUGGUUGGGUUUCAGUAAGAGCUUCAACAGAGACGUGGUGGGUGGAUGGAGUGAUUCAGGUAGCAUCUUUGUGGCUGAUGUUAGAGGUGAAGAAUGAGUGUGCUGGAAUCUAAACCCACCACAAAGCUUCCUGCAUGCAAACAUGGUCAUCACUGGUAGUACAGUGGUGGUUCAGCAGUCUUUCUGAUUGAUGAUCCCCACCGAUCCACCACGACCCCAUGUUUGUAUUCCUGAAAAAUAUGACACAGCAGGACAUCACAACGUGAGAUGAGUGCAUACUUUUUGAACCAAUCAAAGAGUCUAGAGGAUAUGGUUCCUCACUUCCUUGGUCCUGGAAGUUUGAAGCAUCCUGAAAAUGGGCGCAUUUUGACUUGGAAUUGUGAGUUCAAUCGAUUCAUUGACCUUGUAGAUCCAUAGGAGGAUGGAUUUGGUUACAUGUUGGUUGGUCAAGUCUUGGAUUUCUGUGAAAAUGUCAAUUCAAAGGUUUUGAAGGAUUGACUGAUUGGGAUCCCUAAUCUUUUUCUAUAAAGGCUUUCAAAGUCUCAUUUCCCAAAGACUUCAUGAAU